CUUCGCUCGGGCGCCUUCGGAGGGACUCGGCGAUGCUGAGGUCCCGCUCGGGGGAACUUCGGCCGCCCUCGGGGAGCCUCGGAGCUGGAGGGAGCAGGACCGUCCGUCGGGCUCCGGGCAGCCCGUCCCCACCGACUUUACGCUCCGCAGAGGCGGGGGGCGGCCGAAGGGAGGGGGGCGGGCACCGUGCCCACCGUGCCCGCCCUGCCGCCGCACCCUGGGGGCAAGAGGUCGGCGUGACAGUUGGGCGCCGGGGCCGAGCGGUCGUUGGCGCCGCCCCUUCCCUCCCCGCCCGCCGGCCGGGGCUGAUUGGGGGCGGGGAAGGGUGGGCCGGGAUUCGGUGCCCGCCCUGCGGGGUCGUCCGCCGGCCCCCGGGGCUCCUUGUGGCUACCUGAGCCUCCUGCGGGGCUCCUCCCUCCCCGCAGGCCUCCCUCCUCCUCCUCCUCCUCCUCCCUCUCCCUCCUGCCGCCGGCCACUAGAAUCCCUGUAAUUCCAUGACGAGGAGGCCGGGCCCUUCCUUCCCUCCCCGGCCCCGGUGAGCUGGCCGGGAGCCUGGGGCGUGGACGAUCACCGCAACAAUAGCCCGCUCUCUUCCUGGAGGCCGGCACUCGGCCGCGCUCCGACCCCGGGGCCGCGUCGUGGGCCGGCGGGGGAAGGAGGAGAAGGCCCGCCAACCUGUCGGGAGAAGGACAGUCCGGACCUUGGAGGGCCCGCACGCCGGGCCCCGCAGCUCCGAGCGAACGGGGGCCCGGGGGCCCGGGGGGCUGCAGAACCACGAGGACCUGGGCCGUCCGAGCAUGGAGGACGAGGGGCAGAUGAUGGCAGCUUACGAAGGCACCGCCUUGGGCCGCGGGGUGCCCCAGUUCGGUUGGCGCAUCUGCCUGGCCCACGAAUUCGUGGAGAAGAGAAAGCCCUUCCAGGCCAACAACGUCUCCCUGAGCAACAUGCUGAAGCACAUUGGCAUGGGCCUGCGGUAUCUUCGAUGGUGGUACCAGAAGACACAAGUGGAGAAGAAAGCUCCUUUUAUUGACAUGUUCAACUGCGUCCCCCUGCGACAGAUCUACGGUUGCCCCUUAGGGGGCAUUGGAGGAGGCACCAUCACCCGAGGCUGGAGAGGCCAGUUCUGUCGCUGGCAGCUGAAUCCCGGGAUGUACCAACACCGAACAGUCAUGGCGGACCAGUUCACGGUGUGCCUGCGGCGAGAGGGCCAGACCGUGUACCAGCAAGUCCUCUCUCUGGAGCGGCCCAAUGUCCUGCAGGGGUGGAACUGGGGCUUCUGUGGCCACUUUGCCUUCUAUCAUGCUCUCUACCCCCGGGCCUGGACAGUCUACCAGCUUCCAGGCCAGGCUAUUGUGCUUACCUGUCGCCAGAUCGCACCCAUCCUCCCUCAUGACUACCAGGACAGCAGUUUGCCAGUUGGGGUGUUCGUGUGGGAAGUGCAGAAUGUGGGGGAUGAGGACGUGGAUGUGUCUGUCGUGUUUUCACUCCGCAAUGGGCUGGGAGGUCGGGACGAUGCAGAGGGGAACCUCUGGAAUGAGCCAUUCUGCCUGGAGCAGAGCGGGACAACUGUGAAAGGCGUCCUUCUGCAUCAUCCGAGCCCCCCCAACCCCUAUACGCUUGCCAUCGCUUCCCGGGAGACGGUGGGCACCACGGUGACUCACAUCACAGCCUUUGAUCCUGAAGGCACUGGGCAGCAGCUGUGGCAGGAUCUGCUUCAGGAUGGGCAGCUGGACUCCCCACCUGGAUGCAGCGUUCCCACCCGGAAAGGUGAAGGGACUGCAGCAGCUGUGUGCGCUGGGUGUCGGGUACCCGGGCAGGGGCAAGGUCGCCUGGAGUUCACCCUGGCCUGGGACAUGCCCAAAAUCGUAUUUGGGGCCAAGGGUCGGACUCACUACAGGAGAUACACUCGCUACUUUGGCCGAGGGGGGACCGCAGCCCCCACCCUGUGCCACCAUGCGCUGACCCAGUACGGGCGGUGGGAGGACGCCAUCGUGGCCUGGCAGAGCCCCAUCUUAGAGGACAGCAAACUGCCCCACUGGUACAAGUCGGCACUUUUUAACGAGCUCUACUUCCUGGCUGAUGGGGGCACUGUGUGGCUGGAGGUUCCACCCGAGACCCCGGAGGAGGAGUUGGGAGGGGGUGGGGAGAACCUAAGCCAGAUGCGCCCCACCCUGCUGGAGUAUGGCCGCUUCGCUUACCUUGAGGGCCAGGAGUACCGCAUGUACAACACCUACGAUGUCCACUUCUAUGCUUCCUUUGCCCUCAUCAUGCUCUGGCCCAAGUUGGAGAUCAGUCUGCAGUACGACAUGGCUCUAGCAACUCUAAGGGAGGACCUGACGCGAAGGCGAUACCUGAUGAGUGGAGAGGUGGCACCCGUGAAGAGGAGAAACGUGAUUCCACAUGACGUCGGUGACCCUGACGACGAACCGUGGGCCCGGGUCAAUGCCUACCUGAUUCACGACACGGCCGACUGGAAGGACCUCAACUUGAAGUUCGUGCUGCAAGUGUAUCGGGACUAUCACCUGACUGGGGACCGUGGCUUCUUGGCUGACAUGUGGCCCGUCUGUCAGGCCGUAAUGGAAUCAGAGCUGAAGUUCGACAAGGACCAGGAUGGGCUUAUUGAGAACGGGGGCUACGCCGACCAGACCUACGAUGGCUGGGUCACCACAGGGCCCAGCGCAUACUGUGGAGGACUCUGGCUGGCAGCCGUAGCUGUGAUGGUCCGUAUGGCUGCUCUGCAAGGGGCCGGAGCCGUCAGGGAGAAAUUCUCGUCCAUCCUGAGUCGUGGACGUGAGGCCUUCGAGAGGCUCCUGUGGAAUGGCCGCUACUAUAACUACGACAGCAGCUCGCAGCCACACGCCCACAGCAUCAUGUCCGACCAGUGUGCCGGCCAGUGGUUCCUGAGAGCUUGCGGACUGGGGGAAGGGGAUACAGAGGUCUUCCCCACUCUCCACGUGCACCACGCCCUGCAGACCAUAUUUGAGCAGAACGUGUUGGGCUUCGCCGGAGGGUCCAUGGGAGCUGUGAACGGGAUGCGACCAGACGGCAUCCCCGACACCUCCAGCGUCCAGUCCGAUGAGGUCUGGGUGGGCGUCGUCUAUGGCCUGGCGGCCACCAUGAUCCAGGAGGGCCUGGUCCAGGAGGGUUUCCGGACGGCAGAGGGCUGCUAUCGCACAGUGUGGGAAAGGCUGGGCCUGGCCUUCCAGACCCCCGAGGCUUAUUGCCGGACCCGCGUUUUCCGUUCUCUUGCCUACAUGCGACCCCUCAGCAUCUGGGCAAUGCAGCUUGCCCUAGAGCAGAGUCAGGACCAGGGGCCUGGCCCGACGCUCGCUGUCAGACGGGACCCUGUACUGUCAAUGGACCAGGAGGCGUGACCGGGGCCGGAGCCCCGUGGGUUCAACUCACCUCUACUUCCGGGUCCUUUAGCUGGGGUUCGUGGGGGCUGGCACUGAAAGCCUGCUACGAUCCUCCCCCUGCAACCCUGAGCCACGGCAAGAACAAUCACUGAACUCAACGGUCCUCCUCCCCCUUCGGUCCCCACCACCAAGAAUCCUCAGUUGGCUGGGUCGGGUUCCUGGUUAAAGAAGAGUCUUCUGGGGUGGGGAAAGUCAGUGGAAAGCACCUUCUGGGAUAGAAUGAUAUCUCCCAAGCCCUCUACUGGCCUGGCUAAGGUCAGGGACAGUGAGGGGUCAUGCCAGGCUGGUGGCGGGGGCUCUCUUCCCGCUCCCUUUGGGGCGGGGAAGGGAAGUGGGAGCCCCAUCUUGAGGGCUGGAGCCCUACCUCCUCCACCCUCCCCACCCCCCGCCUCCCCCCAACCCAGCAAGUUUGGUGUUGGGACUGCCAUUUUCAACUGUUCAUGGGAAAUCAUGCAGAGAUGGUAAGAAGCCACAGCUGGGCCUGUUCAGAAUAAACAAGAUGCCUCACCCACA